AUUGACAUUUACGUGGCUCACGAAAAAUUAUUAUUAUUUUUUAUUUAAUUUAAUUUUCAAAAAUAAAUUUUAAAAGGGAUAAUGUAUGCUAUGUCCUAGAAACUAAAUUAUUAUCUUAACUUAACCUAAUUUAUCUUGCAAAUUGCAAGACGAGUGAAGUAUGCGCGUAAUUUAAGUGAUUUUAUAUGUUUUCAGCCAGUCUGGAUGCUAAUUUAGAACUGAAAAUGGCCUUAAAGAAGGUAAAAGGCAAUAUCGAGCGUAUGUUCGAUAAAAACCUUACAGAUUUAGUAAGAGGCAUCAGGAAUAAUAAGGAAAAUGAGGCCAAAUAUAUCUCACAAUGCAUGGAAGAUAUCAAACAGGAGCUCCGUCAAGACAAUUUGGCAGUUAAGAGCAAUGCCGUAGCUAAACUCACUUAUUUACAAAUGUUAGGCUACGACAUCUCUUGGGCAGGCUUUAAUAUUAUAGAAGUGAUGAGCUCGAAUAAGUUUACAUUGAAGCGAAUAGGUUACUUGGCUGCCAGUCAGUCUUUUCAUUGCGAUUCCGAGCUGCUGAUGUUAACCACGAACAUGAUAAGGAAGGAAUUGAACUCACAGAACCAAUAUGAAGCUGGACUAGCUUUGACGUCACUUAGCUGCUAUAUAAGCACCGAUUUAGCAAGGGAUUUGUCUAAUGAUAUUCUUACUUUGUUGAGCUCUACAAAGCCUUAUAUAAGAAAAAAGGCGGUCCUGAUGAUGUACAAAGUGUUCCUAAAGUAUCCAGAGGCAUUGAGACCAUCAUUUCCAAGGCUCAAAGAGAAAUUAGAGGAUCCAGAUCCAGGAGUACAGUCUGCCGCAGUUAAUGUUGUUUGCGAGCUGGCACGGAAAAACCCUAAGAACUAUUUGAGCUUAGCACCGGUUUUUUUUAAGCUCAUGACUACCAGUACCAACAAUUGGAUGUUGAUUAAAAUCAUUAAACUUUUUGGUGCCCUUACACCGCUAGAACCUAGGCUAGGCAAAAAACUGAUAGAGCCUCUAACAAACCUUAUUCACAGUACCUCCGCCAUGAGUUUACUGUACGAAUGUAUUAACACAGUAAUAGCGGUACUAAUAAGCAUUUCCUCUGGGAUGCCCAAUCAUGCUGCCAGUAUACAACUCUGCGUACAAAAACUGCGAAUACUUAUCGAGGAUUCUGAUCAGAACCUGAAAUAUCUUGGGCUACUGGCCAUGUCAAAGAUCCUAAAAACCCACCCAAAAAGUGUCCAGACCCAUAAAGAUUUAAUACUGCAAUGUCUGGAGGAUAAGGAUGAGUCCAUAAGGCUCAGAGCGCUGGAUCUGCUUUAUGGGAUGGUGUCGAAAAAGAACCUUAUGGAAAUCGUUAAGAAACUUAUGGUUCAUAUGGAUAAAGCCGAAGGGACCGUUUACAGGGACGAACUGCUCAGCAAAAUUAUCCUCAUUUGUUCCCAGAAUAAUUAUCAGUUUAUUACCAAUUUUGAGUGGUAUAUUACUGUUCUAGUUGAGCUGGCUCAGAUGGAGUUCGGAAGCAAACAAGGUCACGUUAUCGCUUCCCAAUUAAUGGACGUUUGCAUAAGGGUGCAGGCCAUAAGACCGUUCGCUGUCAACGAAAUGGCCCAACUGUUGGAAGUUUAUAUUUCCACUUCUCAGUACAGUAUAAUGCAGGACGUUUUGUAUGCUGCGGCCUUUUUAACCGGAGAGUUUGCCAGUGAAUUAGAGAAACCUGAACAAACCCUGCGUUGCCUACUGAAGUACAAAGCCCUCCCGCAACAUAUCGAGGCGGUAUUUAUCCAUAAUUCCAUCAAACUGUUCGCCCAUAUAAUGGAAAAACUGGAAAAGUCCGCACAGUACGAUGAAAUUUUACUACUGUGCGACAUUAUCAUGGAAAAACUGUCCGAAAGUGUAAAAUCUGCCGAGCUGGAGGUGCAAGAAAGAGCGAGCACCAGUUCGAUUAUCAUCACUAUUGUGAAAGAGGAGAUUUUGGCCAAAAAAAAUGCCAUCGGCGCUGAGGAUACGACGGAACCUCUGGAGGAAGAAAGUGUGGCGAGUGAAAUUUUAAAUUUAUUCAGCGGUGAAUUGAACCCGGUCGCCCCUAAAGCCCAAAAGAAGGUUCCGGUACCCGAAGGGUUAGAUUUAGACGCUUGGAUAAAUGAACCGUUGGAAUCCGCUUCUGACUCCGAGUCCGAUGCUGAACGGGAGAAUACUGACAAUUUGUUUGUUAAUGCUGAGAAGCUUGAAUAUGGCGGGAAAGCUGAGAAGUAUCACGAACCCACCGAGGAGGAUAUCAAAAAGAGUCGCGAGGCUCGCAAAUACGAGCAACAGAACAAUCCCCACUACCUCAAAGGCCAAUCGUCGGACCGAAGACCCUCAACCGGAAUCGAUAACAUCGAGAACAUCCCGGUGGCCGAGCUCAACAUCGACGUGCCUCAAUUGAAAAUAAUCGCACAAAAACGUUCCGAUAAGUACUUAAAUUUGAAAGAGAAAAAGGCGAAGAAGAAACGCAAGAAGAACAAGAAGAAGCAGGACAGUUCUACCGAAGACGAUGACGACGAGGACACCGGCCCAGUGGUGGAGGUAAAACAGGACAUGGAACUGCCAGAGGGCGCCACCCUAUCAGAUUCGGACAGUAAUUACAAUCACACGAACGACCCGCAUAGGGCCCUAGACAUCGAUUUGGAUUUGCCUCCCUUGAGUGAUAGUUUGACGAAAAAGCCUGCGGACGAGGAGGCCAAAUCUGGCCGGGUUAAUGAGAAGAAAAAGUCCAAAAAGAAGGAUGACCGUAAGUUGGAAAAGAGGAAGAAGGAGAAAGUGGAGAAUUUAUUGAAACUUGAUAAGGAGAACGAGGCCGAUAAUGCGGAGAAGAAGAGCAAAAAGGCGAAGAAAGAGAAGAAGAAAGCUAAAGAAAAGAAGGACAGAACUAAAGGAAAAGAGGAAAAAUCCAAAAACAAGAAAUCCACGUCCGAAUACGAGGAAGCUUUGGGCAUCUCCACCCCAACUAAAGAGUCUAAAGUGUAUUUGCUUAUUUAAAUUUUUAUGUUUCUGUUAUACACAGGGUGUCCAAAACUAUACAGUUUCAAUCCCUAACUUAAGGCAAUUUUGUUUUAUCCUUAUAUUGAAUAUUAUGAAGUUAUAUGAAUCUAUUUAAUCCGUUCUUAAUAGUGAAAUAUAUUACAUUUAAAAUUUGUGAUUAUAUUUAUAAAUACAUUAUAUCUAUAUAUAUAUUAAUAAAAUGUACAAUAAGUUUUAUAUAAA